CAACAAAAUGAUUAUAAAUUAUUUAUUUUUCUUUACCAAUAAGAUUUGGGGUUUUAUGAACCAUGAUGAAAUACUUUUUUGUCUUUUUAUGAAGAAAUGAUAUAACUCUGUUUCUCCUCUCUUGGUAGCAAUUGGCUUUUUAUUUCUCAGGUAAGUAGUCUCCCCCUUUUAAAUCCUUAUUGGGUGUUGUAUUCUCCCAACAGGCGUGAGAUGUUCGUUAAAAACAAAAACAAUUGCUCAAGAGCAUGGCGUCUGGUUCUGUUAUGUAUGUGUCUUGUUUUAGGUAAUAAGAGUCAACUUCAAUUUUGUGGUCACUUUCUUGCUAAUUAGUUGUGAUAACAGCUGUUGCUUAGAAACUUCAACGGCCAAGACUUCAAUUUUGUCUCCCAGCGUAGUAGACUUGGAACUUCUGAUAUGACUUUGAUCACAAACAAGAUAUAUCUUUAAAAAACCACUUUAGAAAGAAAUCUAUUUGCCAAAUCAUCCAUCUUUCUGAAACUAUGUGUUCAAAUGGCAUCUUUGUCUCUCUUCUUACUUUAUCUCUCUUGUUAGGAAAAUCAUGCAGUGAAACAGAUACGCUACAUCAGGGUCAGUUCUUGAAAGAUGGGCAAGAGCUCGUUUCUGCUUUUAAAAUCUUCAAACUCAAGUUUUUCAACUUUAAGAAUUCAGAAAACUUGUAUCUUGGAAUUUGGUUCAACAAUCUUUAUCUUAAUACUGAUAGCCAGGACAGACCUGUCUGGAUUGCUAACCGUAACAAUCCAAUCUCAGACCGCUCUGGAAGCCUCACAGUGGAUUCUCUUGGCAGAUUGAAGAUUUUAAGAGGAGCAUCAACCAUGCUUGAGCUAAGCUCUAUAGAAACCACAAGAAACACAACCCUUCAGCUUUUGGAUUCUGGAAAUCUUCAGCUCCAAGAGAUGGAUGCUGAUGGAUCGAUGAAGCGGGUUUUGUGGCAAAGUUUCGAUUAUCCAACAGAUACUCUUCUUCCUGGGAUGAAACUAGGUUUCGAUGGCAAGACCAGGAAGAGAUGGGAACUUACAUCAUGGUUAGGUGAUACUUUACCUGCUUCUGGAUCUUUUGUCUUUGGGAUGGAUACUAAUAUCACAAACGUAUUGACCAUCUUGUGGCGUGGAAACAUGUAUUGGAGUAGCGGGCUUUGGAAUAAAGGUCGGUUCUCCGAAGAGGAGUUAAACGAAUGCGGUUUCCUCUUUUCCUUCGUUUCAACCAAGAGUGGACAAUAUUUUAUGUAUUCAGGUGAUCAGGACGAUGCCAGAACAUUUUUUCCAACCAUAAUGAUAGACGAACAAGGCAUUUUGCGUAGAGAGCAAAUGCAUCGGCAACGUAACAGGCAAAAUUAUAGGAACCGGAAUUGUUUGGCUGCAGGUUACGUAGUCCGGGAUGAGCCAUAUGGGUUCACUUCUUUCAGAGUGACAGUAUCUUCUUCCGCAAGCAAUGGUUUUGUACUUAGUGGAACGUUUAGUUCAGUUGAUUGCAGUGCUAUAUGUUUGCAAAACUCUUCUUGUCUUGCCUAUGCUUCAACCGAGCCGGAUGGUACGGGUUGCGAAAUCUGGAAUACUUAUCCUACCAACAAAGGGUCGGCUUCUCAUAGUCCUAGAACUAUAUAUAUCCGUGGAAAUGGUCAAGAGAACAAAAAAGUGGCAGCUUGGCAUAUUGUUGUGGCAACACUGUUCCUCAUGACACCUAUAAUUUGGUUUAUAAUCUAUCUCGUGUUGAGGAAAUUUAAUGUAAAAGGACGUGUUUUAUUUCGUGGAAUAUACUACUUUCUAUGGAGAGAGCUCACUCCUCAAGUGAUUGGUUUCAUACGGAGGAGAAUUUUAUCACUAAGGUUUGGUUCAACAAUAGACCAAGAAAUGCUACUACGUGAAUUGGGAAUUGAUAGGAGCUGCAUACACAAGAGAAAUGAAAGGAAGAGUAAUAACGAGCUUCAGAUUUUUAGCUUUGAAAGUGUAGUAUCGGCAACAGAUGACUUCUCCGAUGAAAACAAGCUCGGUGAAGGAGGUUUUGGUCCUGUAUAUAAGGGAAAGUUAUUAAAUGGGGAAGAAGUGGCUAUCAAGAGACUAUCUUUAGCAUCUGGCCAAGGAUUAGUGGAGUUUAAAAACGAAGCUAUACUUAUUGCAAAGCUUCAGCAUACAAAUCUUGUUCAGGUUUUAGGAUGUUGCAUCGAAAAAGAUGAGAAAAUGCUGAUUUAUGAAUACAUGCAGAACAAGAGCCUUGACUACUUCCUCUUUGAUCCCUUGAGGAAAAACGUUUUGGAUUGGACGUUGCGGUUCAGGAUCAUGGAAGGAAUCAUUCAAGGGCUUUUGUACCUUCACAAGUACUCAAGAUUGAAAGUGAUACAUAGAGACAUCAAAGCUAGUAAUAUUUUGCUAGACGAGGAUAUGAAUCCGAAAAUAUCGGAUUUUGGAUUGGCUCGGAUAUUUGGAGCGGAAGAAACAAGAGCCAACACCAAAAGAGUUGCUGGCACAUUGUAAGUUAAGAGUGACUAGAAACAAGGAGAAGAUUCUUUGAUCACAUUUUAAUAGGCUCUCUUGUGUAGUGGCUAUAUGUCGCCGGAGUAUUUUAGAGAAGGACUAUUCUCGGCGAAAUCAGAUGUGUUCAGCUUUGGGGUUCUAAUGCUCGAAAUCAUUUGUGGGAGGAAGAACAAUAGCUUUCACCAUGACUUAGAAGGACCUUUGAAUCUCAUAGUUCAUGUGUGGAAUCUGUUUAAAGAGAACAAAAUUCGUGAGGUGAUAGAUCUGUCUUUGAGAGAUUCUGCGCUUGAUUACCCUCAAGUGUUGAGAUGCGUUCAAGUUGCUCUAUUGUGUGUACAAGAAAACGCGGAAGAUAGACCAAGUAUGUUAGACGUUGUGUCCAUGAUAUAUGGCGAAGGAAAUAAUGCUCUUUCUUUGCCUAAAGAGCCUGCUUUCUAUGAUGGUCCCCGGAGAAGCUUUCCAGAAAUGAAGGUUGAGCCACAGGAGCCGGAAAAUGUAUCGGCGAGUAUUACCAUCACGGUGCUGGAGGCAAGGUGAAUUGAAAAUAAGAAAACUGAUAUAAUGUGAAUCUCAUUGUUACUUGAAAUGUUUUUCUUCGUUUAAUAGAGAUAUAAACGGAUUAUAUAUUCGGGAAUUAGGAUACAUACUCUUACAAGAGCAAGUAAUAUCUUAAGUAUCAAUAUACGUGCAUGCAUGACUCUUAUAAAUUUUUCCGUUAUCC